AAAUGUGUCAAAUUAUGUGGAUAAGGGAGGGUUAAGUUAAUUUUUGAUAGCUUUCGUUGUUUAAAUCUUGCUAAAAAUAGUUCAAAGUGAAAAAGGGUAAGUAUGAAUUCUGCAACACAAAAAUGCUCACUUUGAACCCUUUAUGUAUUUCUUUCAGGCUCCAGGAUGACGGCAGCUCUCCUGUGUUUCCUGCUGGCUGGUUCAGUCCUGCUGGUCGCCGGCAGCCCAGUUCAUAAAGCCAACAAUGGGAGCGUACCACUGGUGCUGUGGCAUGGGAUGGGCGACAGCUGCUGUAACCCGCUCAGCAUGGGGGCCAUAAAGAAGAUGAUGGAGGAAGAAAUCUCUGGCAUUUACGUGCUCUCACUGAAGAUCGGAAAGAGUGUCAUUGAGGACACAGAAAAUGGGUUUUUCAUGGACGUGAAUGAGCAGGUGUCCAUGGUGUGCAGUCAGCUGGCGCAGGACCCAAAGUUGAAGGGAGGAUACAAUGCCAUGGGCUUCUCCCAGGGGGCACAGUUUCUGAGAGCUGUGGCUCAGCGCUGUCCCUCUCCGCCAAUGAAAACCCUCAUCUCCAUCGGGGGCCAACACCAAGGAGUGUACGGGCUGCCCCGCUGUCCCGGAGAGAGCUCCCACAUCUGUGACUUCAUCCGCAGAGCUCUGAACAACGGCGCGUACAGCGACAUAGUUCAGAAACAGUGAGUCGUCUCCCCUCUGAAUGUUUCCCGCUCAGUGGUGCUGAUAUGUUAGCGCUGCACAGACGACAGGGUUCCUGCAGCUUAAGGCAAAUUAGAUUUGACCCCCAUCAGUUCUCUGCGCU